UUCCUGCGCAUCGAUUUUGGGUCGUCAUGGGUGGCGGCGUGUCCAGUCCGCUUGAGCCGGAAGCGCCGGGGUCGCUCAAGCUGUUCCAUUCCCUCAAAGACGAGUACUCUGACCUUGUGACGCAAGACAUCGCCGACGAAGUCAUGUUUGAAACGCUGAAGCAGAUGUACGUGCAGGCCGUGCAUGAGUCCGACACUGGCACGCCGCGUGCCCUCUACAAACGCGGGUCAUGGGCGCGUCAGAAUUCUGAAAAGUCCAAAAAAGCCAAACGCGCCAACGUGUUUACGCCCGGCUUGGGCUUGCAAACGGUGCCGAGGGUGGACGAUGUCAAGCAGCCGACAAAGUCUCCAGACGUGAUGAAACUCCUUCGAGACAACAUCCAAGCGCUGCUCUUCGAAGCCACAACCGACGACGAAAUGGACAAAGUCGUAGCCGUCAUGACAGACAUGCAUGUGCGGGCAGGCGAUGUGGUCAUCCAACAAAACGACCACGGCGACAAGUUCUACGUCCUCGAGCACGGAUCGUGCGAGUUUCUCGUCAAUGAUGUCCAUGUGGGCGACGUCGAGGCGGCGGGGCACUUCGGGGAGCUCGCCCUCAUCUAUGACGCCCCUCGAGCGGCGACGGUGCGGGCGACUCGGGAUUGCACGCUGUGGACGUUGGGUCGCAAUGAAUUCCGAACGAUUCAAGCGCAAUCGUCAGAAGAUUCGCUCGCCAAGCGGUCGCACUGGUUGCGUAACGUGCCGAUUUUCAGUAGCCUCUCGGCGCGGCAGCUAUCCCUGCUCAACCGAGCGUUCGAAGUGGUCAAGUUCGAGCCCGACGAAGUGAUCGUCAAGCAAGGCGCGAUGGGCGACGCGUUCUACAUUGUCUCGGCCGGCACCGUGCUGUGCACUAUGGACGGCUCCAAGCGCAAUUUGCAUAUCCAAGCCACGUCCGCCGACGAGGUGGCAAGGCUGGGCGAAGGCGAGUACUUUGGAGAAACGUCGCUGCUGAACGACCAGCCGCGCAACUGCACGGUCCGCGCGGUGGGGUCGGUGAAGUGUCUCCGGCUCCACCGAUCCGACUUUGACAGCAUGCUCGGGCCGUUGUACGCGAUCUUGGAAAUGAACGCGUUCAAGCGCAUCCUGCGCAUGUUUGACAUAUUCAAGGCGCUUGUCGACGAGGAGAUGGAGCACCUGACGACCCACUUUGAGAUCGUCGAGUUUGGCUGCGACACCGUUAUCUUCACGACGGGCGACGUGGCCGAGUACUUUUACAUUGUCCGGACGGGGAGUGUGUCGUUGCAUCCGGGGGCGGACGGCAGCUCGUCUGUGGGCGUCGACCCCGUGACCCUCAACGUCAAGGACUACUUCGGGGCCGAAGUCUUCCAGGGAACGACGUACCAUUCAACUGUACGCACGGGCGACGAAAUCACGAGUUGCUUUCGCCUGUCCAAGACAUUUGUCAACCAGGAUCUGGCCAGUGGCCGCAACUGCUGCCUCCGCCCAGAAUCUCAAAAAGCCAUCCAUGUCAACCCCCUGAGUUUGCUCGACUUGUCCGAUCUCGUCCAUAUUGGCGUGUUGGGCGAAGGAUCGUUUGGCCGGGUGUCGAUGGUACAAGCGUUUGUGGAUGCCCAUGAGUACCUCCUUGCGCUCAAGUGCGUGUCCAAAUCGCAUGUGCUCGAGUGUCACCAACAAGAACACAUCAUGCGGGAGCGGUCCAUCUUGAAGGAUUUGCCGUAUCACCCUUUCAUUGUGCAGCUUCAUGCUACAUACCAGGACCAAAACUACUUGUACAUGCUCAUGGAACUCGUCCAGGGCGGCGAAUUGUUUGGGCUGCUGCACACCAACAUAUUUGACCGACCGCUCGUGGAAGAAGACAUCAAGUUCUUUGCCGCAAAUGUGUACUUGGCGCUAGAGCAUAUGCACAAGCGCGACAUUGCGUACCGAGACUUGAAGCCGGAAAACCUCUUGUUCAGCGAAAAUGGGUACCUCAAGGUAGUGGACAUGGGGUUUGCCAAGAAGAUCCCGUUCUCAAUCACAGACGAGCACGGCCGUGUCGAAGUGCACGCGCGAAGCUACACGCUGUGCGGCACGCAAGAGUACUUGGCCCCCGAGUUCGUCCUCAACACGGGCCACGACUUGGCCGUGGAUUAUUGGGCGUUUGGGAUUUUGAUUUACGAAAUGUUUUUGGGGUACACGCCGUUUGAAACGCCCGAUGGCGACAUUGCCAAACUGUUCAAGAACAUUGCGUUUGUGCGCACGGGGGCCAAUUGCGUUCAGUUUCCGCACGAGUCGACCGUGGACUACCCCAUCGCGUGUAGCUUUAUCGAGGGCUUGCUUCACGGCGACCCCACGAAACGCCUCGGGAUGGGCCAGAACGGCUCGCAUGAGAUCCGUAACCACCCGUGGUUUGAAGGGCUCGACUGGGACAAGCUGCGUGACCAGGAGCUGUCCGUGCCGUACUUGCCCCAGCUCAACGGUCGCUAUGACACGUCCUUGUUUGAAGGCGACCAAGGGAUUCGAAGUUCAGACAUGGACUACGACGGCGCCGAAAACUACCUGUUUGACGGCUUUUAAUAGUCGAAACAAAGUGUGUUGGUGUUGGACCGUCCACCUUC